AUGCUCGCCUCGAGGACGGUAUGCGCCCAAUGCCGUUCGAGGCUUCUGGCCGGCGCGGCUACAAUCGGCGCGGUCCGACCGAACUCGACGACAAGCUUUCCGUCCGCCGCCGUGGACCAGCCGUCCCGAACCCCGAAACCCAAAGCGACACGACCACCCACGAGGAAGCACAAGGGCAGCGGCAACGAGACUGCGAAGCAGAGAGUCCUGGAUCUAUUUGAAGAGACCGUCAGCAAGCAGCCCGCGCCGGCGGCUCCUAGCAACGGCCCGGGCGUCAACCAGCUCUACUCACUUACCGACGAGCUCAGCCAACUCUUACAACAGAGACAGAAGCAAAAGAUCUCCGAUUUGGAAUUUGCGACACAGGCAUACACGUUCAUAACCACAAAACUUCUGGUGUCCGCGCAAAAGUCGGGUGUCUAUCUGCCUCAGGUUACCACAACAAUAGCCAGCCAAGCUUUACAACAAAUCACGAGAAUCAAGUUUGCGACGGUAGAGGCCGCCGACCUCCCCCGAACGGUAGACAUAUGCAAGUUGUAUACUCACAUAAAUAACAAGAGGGUUGUGAGGCGACUGGAACUCAUCAAUGGCCUCCUGCGAGCAAUCAUCUCAACUCGAGCGGACCCGGAGAACCAGGCUGUGGAGGACCGGCUGCUGGAGGAUCUGGUGGAGUGCUGGAAACACUUUUCGGGCUUGAAGCGCGCAGACAGCGGCCUCGAGUCGGAUCCAGUGUUUUGGCUCACGUCACGGCGGGACUUGCUAGGGACCGAGAGACCCGAUAGACUCCUCCGCGCGCUCUUCCCUUUUUUUGCAGCCAACGAAACGUCAGGCCUAGGACCGGCCCUCGUAGCCACCUACGUAUUGCUGUCUGAGUCCAAGCAUAUGAUCAGCAAGGCCAGGUUGGAGGCACACCCGCUGUUGGAAGCACUGGAUCCUAUUGUCAAGCAAUUCGAUAAGGACAUGCUGCAGGAGCUCUUUCGCGACCAUGCCGAAGUCUGGAGCUACGUCCAACCACGGGCGGACUGGAGGGUGACGCGCGUGGCUCCCGGAACGUGGAAAGAAUUGGAUACUGUGUCUCCAGGCAAACCCGAUCAAGCCAAGUCAGCGGUGCGGUUCUCUUAUGCCCUGUGGCACCGGCGGUUCGAGACCGUCUUCCGUGCAAACGACACUGCAGCCAUCCAGCAGGCCUGGAGAGACCUGAUCAACCCGGCCAACGACAAGGACCGGACCCUGAGGUUGCAGAGCUCUCCGGACCUUUUCGACUACAUCCUGUUCCUCGCGUGUAGCAAGUACGGGUUAGGCGCAAGCUUUUCCAAGCUGACGGAGGAGAUAUUGGCGUACAUGAAGACUCUGGGCAUGGCCCCGACGGUCAGAACGUACACGUCAAUGAUGAGUGGCUGGAAAGAGGCCAGGCGGUUGGAGCCGAUUGAGAACCUGUGGAAAUUCAUCACAAACGCAGGUGUCAAACUGGACCAGCAGAUCUGGUCGAGCAGGAUCUCGGCCCUCGGCCUUUUGGGCGGCGAACAUGACGGUCUGGGUGCCCUCAAGGAGAUGGAUAGGUUGUGGAGCAUGGCAGUAAAGAACGGCACGCAAGGAAAGGCCGUCGAGCCUGGCAUUUCCAACGUGAACGCAGCCAUUUCCGGCUUGCUCCGCCGUGAUAACAUGGAGGUCAUCCGUACCGUACUGGACUGGGCGACCGACAAGGGUAUCACGCCCGACAUCUACACCUACAACAUGCUCCUAUCACGCAUGCUCAAAAAGGGGGCCCACGAGGAGGCGGACCGGAUCCUCGCCAGCAUGAAGACGGCGGGCAUCACGCCGGACGGGGCCACCUUUACCGUCAUCAUGGAGGCGGCCCUCAGCGACCUGCCAGACCAGACGCCGCAGGAGCAGCGGGAGACGAUGGACAGGGUAUUCUCCGAGAUGGCCGCCUGCGGCAUCGAGCCCAACCAGGAGUCCUACGGCAAGAUGCUCCACGUCCUCGUCCGGGCGGGCGACAGCGGCAAGCACGCCGUGGCCGCGCUGCUCUCGCACCUCCGCGCAUCCCGCCUCCAUCCGUCGACCGAGAUGUGCACCAUGCUGGUCGAGUACUACGUCAACCGGAAUCGGCCCGACCUCGACUCGCUGCGCGCCCUCGUCGCGGACCGCCGCGCGCGCACGCGGGCCCUGACGGACCGCGUCUUCUGGGAGAGCGUCAUCAAGAACUAUCACCGCGCCGGCGACCUCGACAGCGCGCUCGAGGUCGUCUACGACCUUGAUGAUUGGGGGAUCUGGCCCGGCUUGCCGCUGCUCGACCCUCUGCUGCGGUCUCUGGUCCAUCGGCAAGACUUUGAGGGGGCCAAGAAGCUCGUCGAUACCGUCCGCAAGCAGGCCAGGCCUCAGGCCGCGGACAAGGCGGGUCGCUUUUCGAAGCACGGGUUCUGGGCGUUUGCUCACGAUUACCGUCUAUUGCCGGGGCAAGAGGAGGCGUAG